AUGAAAAAAUUUUUAUUAUUUGUUUCUUUAAUUUUAUUAAUUUCAUCAGCUUUUGCUUUUGAAGAAGAAGAUUUCGAUUUAUAUGACCAAAUUGAAACCUUAGAAGGCCAAUUUUUCAAUUUAACUUUACCAUCACAAGCUAUCUGUAAUGCCGCAGCUAACAAAGCUAAACGUUAUGCUUCAUGUGGUUGCCCAUACGUUUGGGGUGGUACAUCAUGUGGUUGUGGUGGUAGCGGUGGUAUGGAUUGCAGUGGUAUUGUUUACACUUCAUUCCGUGAAGCUGGUUGGUCAGGUAUUACCAGAGUUACUACUACUCAAAUCAAUCAAGGUGUAAGAUGUCCAGCUUGUUCACCAUCAAACCCAGGUGCUUGCAAACCAGGUGACCUUCUUUUCUACUGUUUCGGUGGUACAAAUUGUCCAAAUCAUGUUGUUAUGGCUGUUGGUGGUGGUAAAGUUGCUGAAUGUAGUCGUCCAGGUCAACCAUGUGCUAUUAGAACUCCAUACUCUCAAUCAUACUAUGCUUGUAGAUCAAUGUGUUAA